AUGAAGACCACAACCCCAUUUCCCCUCGAGAACCUGCCAUACGGAGUGGUCUCCACCCCAGAUGACCCAACCCCGCGGUGUGCAACUGCAUGGGAGGACUAUGCGAUCGACCUUGGCCGACUCCAGAGGGAUGGGGUCUUUAACUCAAUUCCAGGCAUGAUUGACGGUGCCUUUAGCCAGCCUGUGCUGAAUGUCUUCGCAUCGACUCCCCAAUCCACACAAGCCGAAGUGAGAUCGCGUCUGGUUUGGUUCCUUCAGGGCGUGAGUGAAGCUCAUAAGGAGAAGUACUUCAUCCGCUUGUCGCACGUGACAAACCAUUUGCCAAUGGACACCGCGAACUUCUCCGACUUUUACUGCUCGCUCGAGCAUGCAAAAAAUGCAAGUGUCCAUUGCUCAAAAAUUAUGGGCCUCGAGGUCAAUCCAAACUGGUACUACAUUCCGUCAGUCUACAACGGCCGCACCUCCAGUCUUAGAGUAUCGGGACAGCCAGUCCGCCGGCCGUGGGGUGUCAUAUCGGAACCAAGUGCAUCCUCACCGGCGACGUGGUCACGAAGUAAGAGGCUCGACUUCGAGCUCGAGAUGGGUAUAUUCUUGUCGAAGCCUCUGAGGGCGGGAGAGACCCUUAACAUACGCAACGCCAAAGAGCAUGUCUUUGGUUUUGUCAUUUUGAAUGACUGGUCGGCGAGGGACAUCCAAGGAUUUGAAAUGGCUCCUCUUGGUCCGUUCCAUAGCAAAGGAUUCGGAACCACGAUCUCACCAUGGAUCGUCACGCUCGAUGCACUGUCACCCGUAGAGUGUCCCGUAUCUAUCCCGCAGAGUCCACCACCAUUAUCCCAUUUGGCCUGGAAAGGGGACCACUCACAGGCUACGUGGGAUAUUGAGCUGUCCGCGAGGAUAUUGAGAAAAGGGAAGACAUAUCACAUUACUUCCACGAACCUAAAAGAUCUAUAUUGGACGCCGUAUCAGCAACUCGCCCAUCUUGCGAGCGCUGGAGAGGGCCUCUCCACGGGGGAUAUAUUUGGCACGGGUACUAUCUCAAACGAUCGACUUAAUGGAGUUGGCGAAAAGUCCGGCCUGGCGUGUCUUCUAGAAAGGGCACUGCCCGAAAAUAAAUUAGCAUGUAUGGAGAUAGACAGCCUUGAGUAUCUAGAAGAUGGGGAUGAGGUCAUUAUGGAAGGGUGGUGCUUGCAUCCAGAGAGCGGCGAAGAGACAGGUCGGAACGCGCAACGGGAGAUUAUCGAGGACACGAAGGUCGUGUUAGGAGCGACAGACGAGCGCAUUCUAUGGGAUGAAAAGGAAUCCCAGGCUGUCGUGCGCAAGUUCGACAUGCGAUUGCUAGCUCUUUUCACUGUCAUCAAUCUGUUCAGCUUCAUAGAUCGCGUUAAUAUCGGCAACGCGCGUUUACUGGGACUAGAAAAGGACCUGGGGUUGUUAGGACUACGCUUCAACAUUGCGCUGAUGUGUCUUUUCGUGUCUUAUUGCGUUGUGGAGUUACCUUCAAACAUUCUGUGCAAAAUCGUUGGGGGACAUAUCUAUAUCCCUACCCUUGUGCUUUGCUUUGGCAUCAUUACGAUGCUCACUUCGCUGGUGGAGAAGAAAGGCGACCUGUACGCAUGUCGCUUCCUCUUGGGGGUCUUUGAGGGUGGUAUUUCCCCGGGAUUGGUCUUCAUGUUGGCUUUAUUUUACCGCCGGCAUGAACUAGGUGUCCGAACAAGCAUAUAUAUCUCUGCGUCUUCAGCAAGCGGUGCUUUCGGUGGCCUCUUAGCCAUCGGGCUGUCUAAGAUUCCACCUUGGGGUCUCAUUCAUACAUGGAGAAAUAUUUUUUUCUUCGAGGGCUUAGUGUCCGUCAUUCUCGCGGUCAUCGCGUUCAUCUGCAUCCCAAGUGGCCCAGAACACGCGCGGUUCUUAACAGAAUCCCAAAAACGCGUCGCCGUGGAUAGGAUGCGCAUCGAUUCUGCUGGAACAACUGAACAUUCGCAGACUAAAUUCCGCCAUGUUGUCCAGGGUUUGACUACGCCGCCGGUUAUAUUCUGCGCCUUUGGGUUCUUCUUUGGAAACACCUGCGCUCAAUCCUUUUCCCUGUUUUCGCCCUCUAUAAUCAGCGCCAUGGGUUAUACCAAGGAGCUAGCUCAGCUAUUAUCAGUUGGACCUUACGCCGCCGCCUGUGCAAUAUCCAUCGUGGUCGGCUACAUCUCUGACCGUUAUGAAAACCGGGGCUGGGUGAUCUUCGUUACCAUUCCGUUCGGAAUCGCUGGCAUGGGCUUGCUCGAGUUCCUCCCGGCUUCUAUGCCGGGUGCCAAGUACGGAGCCUUAUACCUUGCGGCGCCAGGCAUCUACAGCUUUCUGCCGCUCUGGCUGGCCUGGGCAGUCAAUAAUGCUGCGACGCCGACCGUCAAAGCGGCAUCGUCGGGUCUAGUCUUCGCUGUCGGGUCGCUGGGCGGGAUUCUCGCACCGUGGGUCUAUUUGCCAGGGGAUGCACCGAGCUACCGUACGGGUCAUACCAUCAUGUUUUCUUUUUUAUUUGGAAGUUGGGCGAUCUGCAUUGGCUUGAUGGUGUAUAUCAAAUGGGAGAACCGCGUCAGGGAGAUGGGAAAGCGAGAUCGUGUGCUGGAAGGAUUGGGGCCUGAGGAGCAACUGGAGCUGAGUAGUCGACAUCCAGCAUUUCGCUAUGCUGUGUGA